AUGUCUUCAGCCACCACCCACUUCACUCUGCCUGAUCUGCAUGCAAUGUGCCCUUUGGAAUUUGGGAAAGGGAACCCUCAUUACAAAGAAGCCAGUGCAGCAUCAAGGGCUUGGGCUAAUCAGUACGGUGUUUUUACCGACAAAAAACGUGCCGCUUUCGUUCAAGGUUGUAAUGAACUACUCUGCUGCCGCGCGUAUCCGUAUGCUGGCUACGAGGAGUUCCGAACCUGUUGCGACUUUGUCAACCUCCUAUUUGUUGUUGAUGAGCUCAGCGAUGCCAUGGACGGCAAAGACGCGAGAGCGACUUGCCAGCUUUUCCUUCGGGCCAUGGUAGACCCAGAAUAUCAAAGCGAUUCUAUCCUUGUCAAGAUGACAAAAGAGUUCCGUGCACGCAUGGUAUCCGUAACCAAGCCAAGAUGCUUCAGUCGUUUCCUCGUACAUUGUGCGAACUAUGUAGAAGCAGUUUCGAAGGAAGCUGAGCUUCGCGAGAAACGCGAAGUCCUUAGUAUGCAGUCAUAUACUCAUCUCAGGCGCGAGAACAGCGCUGUCCGCCCCUGCUUUGCUCUCGCUGAAAUGGCUCUCGGGUUAAAUCUUCCGGAUGAAGUCUUCGACGACCCUACAUUUACGAAUAUCUACUUCGCGGGUGUAGACAUGGUAUGCUGGUCAAAUGACGUGUAUUCAUAUAACAUGGAGCAGGCAAUGGGACACACAGGCAACAAUGUUGUCACGGUCAUUAUGCAGGAUAAAGGCAUCGACCUUCAGGCCGCUGCCGACGAAGUGGGAGUCAUCUUUGGCCAAUGCAUGCGCACAUGGUCUGCAGAACAGGCUAAAUUACCCUCAUGGGGCAAGUCUGUAGAUGCAGAUGUCGGCCGUUAUGUUGAAGCCCUCGGUCAAUGGGUCGUUGGAAAUCUCGAGUGGAGCUUCGAGACACCGCGUUAUUUCGGAGCAAUGCACGAUGAAGUCUUGCGCACACGCCUUGUCACAUUGAAACCGCAGGAGGGGGAAAGCGAUGAUGAAGAAUAAGCCCGUGAACAGAGGCGAUGAUGAGAGCGACAUUGAGGGCAACACCGUGAGAUAGGUCACGAUGGUGGCCCUGUUUGUCGCCCUCAGAGUGAUAGAGCGCUCUGUAGAAAUCACGGUCGAAGGACCAUAUUAUCGAGUUUAAUUCUUUCCUAUAAUUGUAAUCUGACCUUCCCUAAUUUCCUCGCCCUGAAAUAAUACAUAUAGCUUAUUAUAUUGUUCUCCAAUGUAUUUUGGACCCACAUUCUACUUAUUUAUCUGUGUUGGUACAUUAACUUCGUUAUCAUAAACUACAAUCAGAUAUAUAUAUUACUAUGAAUACUAGAGGAAAACAAUAUCAGCACUUGUUUACUACU